AUGAUGGUCGGAGAGUUUAAGUCAGAAUAUUCCAGUGAUUUUUUUAUUCUUUCGCUUCCAGCAGACAUAACUGUUGUCAUCUUUCGUUUACUUUCUCCAACCGACAUAUGCAAUCUAAGCUGCUGCUGUAAAAGCCUAUGCGAUAUUGCGAACUCUGAGAAUGUCUGGCUUGACCAAUGCGAGAUAGCACAGGUUAUUCCUUUGUCUGAAAUAGUGCAAUGGCGAACUGGUGUCUCUUCUUACAAGGCUCUUUGUCGGUUUCUUGUAGAGGUAAUGAAGCCUCUUGUUGGGGUUUGGGUUCACCAAGAACCUGAGCUUGGGAAUGUUGUUUACGUGAUGCCAGGUUUCUUGUCUGUUGUUGGUUGCCGGAUAAUCCCACAAAAGGUUGGUCCUUUGGGUAUUCAAGAAGGCCGGAUUAUGUGGUCACCAGUGUUUGAGAUAAUCUGCGGUUUUGACGGCUCCACCAAGUUUUUUCUUAAUGGAAGCGAUGGAAAAGACAGUUGCUUGUACCCUGGUUUGGUUACAGGAAUCGAAAAGAGCUGCAAUGUGCUCUCACUGGAGGUUGAGCCGAGGCGAGAGAAGACUAAUAGCGAAGCCUCGAGAAAUGUGUUGUUUUCGAAGUUAUCUUGUACAGAUAAAAAAAAUUUAGUCGAACUAGUGACGAACCAUGUAGGGCUACAUGUAUCUGAACCAUUGAGUGUAAAGUUAUUCCCCACAGCGAGAGAAGAUGAAGGGAUGUUGUUGGACCGUAGAACCAUGCUCCUUAAAAUGCACAAGUUUGGUGAGAAUUGGAAGCACAUGAACCUGGAGGAGAAUGGGCUGUGUUGUUACAAUCCUAAGCAUGUAGACAUAAACGAGAUGUGGGAGAAAAAUCACGGUGCUUACUUUGAAUACAUAGCAACAGAAGAAGAAAGAGAGAUUAGAUAUUUGAAUCGCCAAGCUUUUAGCACUAGUGAUACAUUUGGUCUUAGUCUCAAUGCUUCGUACACUGCUGAUGUGUGUUCUCGGAUUAGAGGGUGGCCGAACAUGAACGGUGAAAACUUUUCUCUCUACAAACUGCCGGUUAAAAAUUCCAUGAAUGACCAAGAGCAUGCUGGUCUGUGGGGAGGAACAUUUGGGUGGCCACCUGGGAGAUGUAAUGAAGAUGCAACAGGAAAUGCUUUUUAUCUACUGAUGCUCUCUUACCAAGAAUUUAAAAAGAACAAUGGGAAACGUCUUAUCGGGACGAAAAUACUUGAAGGCACUGACUAUGUGAAUCGUCCUAAUGGAACACCAAUGUUUGUUGUGGAUAUUGACUCACCUUCCCUUGAACCCUUUCCCUUUGAUGCAGAUGGAAUAGACUUUGAGCAUUCUUACAAGGGAGAGGGUAUCACAGAUGGUUAUGGUUUCCGUUGUCCCGAUUUUAAACCCGGUUCACUUUAUGUGAUCUCUGAUGAUCAUUUUGCGUUCGUUUGGCAUGGAACUAAAGAUGUGUUUACUUUGAAAAGAGUAAACAUUGAAGAGAUCUUAAAGAAAGGUUUAGGUAUGUGCGUGCCUCCUUUGCCUCCAACUAAUAACUUUACUUAUAUGGGAAGGUCUUACACAAACGUCUUUACUGAGCCAUGGUUAUGUCAUUCUUCCUCCGACUCUGAGUGA